AUGAAAACCGUGUCGUCCAUUUGCGCUGCCGGCUCGCUGACAGCUCUGUCGGCCGUGGGAUUGGCAUUGGCGCGGCCUCACGAGGGUGACGACGACGACAGGGAGACGAACGGGGAUUCCGCUGCUGCUGCUCUUCGCACGCGACACCCCGCAAACAUGGCAGCCGUAGCACAUUAUCCCUUUCCCAGAGACACCACCACCACCUUCGCCUUUUCCCCGGUACAGUCACCACGACGUCUAGUCAGCGAUGGAGAGAAUGGACGAAUACACGCCGACUUGAUUGUUGAGCAUAAGAGACACAGUGCGGCGAGCAAGGGCGGGACAGCAGCGGAACGUGAAUCGGACGGCGGACGACGCUCGGCCACCCCGUCCAGCUGGAUGCGGCGACUGUCGAGCAACAUGUCAAGCACCAUGUCAACCUCUCGUGACUCCAGUCGAGCGCCGACAUCCCGCCCUGCGUCCGCCGCAUUCUCCUAUGCCAAUUCGAAUGGAUCCACUGUCGUGUCGCACUCUGGCUCGACCACCCCGGUCUUUACACCUCCAUCUCGACCGCCGAAUAAGCUGGUCAAACGUACGGCGUCCUCCCACGGCACCCGUGGGUCUCCCUUUGACAUGGGAUCGAAACUUCCCGUUCUCCGGAGACCUGCAACAAGUCAUCAACGGUCUGCGACUCUGCAGGAGACCAGUUCGAGCCAUGCUCCAGACAUCAGAGUUUCCCAAUGGCGCCACUACUUUACACCGCGGGUGGUCGCGGCGGAUGCGACUGGACGGAGAGGUUCCACGGGCAUUCCAAAUCCCAUCAAGCGGGUGUUUCCAGAUCGAAGAUAUAACCCCACGCUGAUAUCGGCAAAAGAGCUGGCUGUCCCAAUAGUGGUAGAGGUGGAUGGCAGUGAGCGCGACGAAGACCUUCCAAUGGCGCCGAGCACAGCUUCCUCGCCAUUUCCGCCCUAUGCUCCACAUUUUGAGGAAAGCACUGCGCCACGACGCUCCUUCUCAAUCGGUGACUUGCUCGCCCACGGCUCUCAGCCACUGCGCGUGCGAUCAUCAUCAGGCAAAGGGWGACCUUGGUCAUCGCGGUCCUUGCGCACCGGAAGACCACGGGUCGUCUCGGAGCCACAAGCACCAAUGGGAAUAUACAACAGCAGACUCGCAGACCAUGAAGCCGAGCGACCUGCAAAGCGAAGAAGCAUUGCUGAUACUCAGACGCUAUUGCGUAGCACAUCUUCAUCAAGCAGCGACCAUCCGACACGUCACGACACGGUCCACGAGGCAAACAAAAACCGCAACCCGGAUCCUCAGCUUGUGCUCGUCGUACCGGACACAGCAAGUCUAGAAUCACCCACGUCGUCGAUCAUUCCUGGUCGAAAAACAACACCGGCCACACUGACCACAGCCGCGAUUGAAUCCACACGACUCUCUGCCUCUCUUUCGGAAACCGCUUCUACAUCAGCGGGUUCCGACAGCGACGCACAUUCUCUCGGCGACAACAGCACCGACUACCAGAGCGAUAAUGUUUACGACUCAUACCCUACCCGAACAACACGAAGUAGCUUGGGGAGACGAGGACCUCACAUCGAAACGAUAUUUGACGAGUCUCCGCCCAGCUUCUCAUCUGGACGGAGCUUGAAAUUAAGGGACUUUCUCAGCGACGGGCAUUUCCCCGGAGGAGAGUCUGGCGAAAGAUACCGACACAGCACAAUUGAGGAAGAGGACAGCGUUGUCAGCACUCCCGUUCGAUCCUUACGCAAUAAAAGCGUCACAUCCACCCCAUCAGCACGUCCCGGCGCAUCUCAUGUCUUCUCCUCAUCACCUCCUACGAUGAACAUACUGGCGGACUCGGAGGAGCUGGACUGGGACGUUACCGAGGAAGGCGGCUUCGAUCGAAGUCUCGCGACCCCACAGCGAGCUUCAUCGUACCUUGCAAAGGGCGGUCCCACCGAGCUGAACCUCCCAUUCCGCUUUGCUUCGAACUUGAGACCAGCGCAUGCUGACUCCGCCAACGCAACACCGCAGCGAAAUGUAGGUUUGUCAGUAGACAAGGCGAGUCUGUUCGACUGGGCAGAACAACAGCCAAGCCCUAGCCAUGCCAACGACACGCCUCAGCGUCCAAGAACAGUCCAUGGAAAGAAAGACCAAGAGAACCGCUGGAGUAGACUAGCAGGACGGCGUGGCCCGAGCGCGAUGCAUGCUCGCAGUCACAGCGUUCCCGUCGUCCCUGACUUGGAUGGUAAAAGAGACACCGUUGCUGCCAACAAGUUUGGGACAUGGGGUGUGGGCAGCAAGGCUGUGACGGAAGACUGGAAUGAGGACUUCGAUUUCGACGAACUCCCGCAAUUCGCACACGCCGAUUCGCACAUGGACGAGAAGCGCAUCGACAGUGGUCACGAGAUGUUUGUUCCCAAGUCUAUCAGAGAGCAACAGGAAAACGUGAUGGCAAACAUUGGCUUGCUGCGAGAAUGGGGAUUGCUGAUAGAAGAGCUGAAAGAGCUGCGGGUCCGUGCAGCUGGCCUUGAUAUGCUCAAGGGACCACAUCAGCAAGCAUGGCGGGAAGUAGACGCAAUGAUUGAGCUGGCUGACCAGGAAAGCGAAGAGCAUACCUUGGAGCCGCGAGGUACGCCACCGUCGUCGCCGGGAUUUGAUUACAGUGCCUUUGAGGAACAAACUCCCAUCCGACAAAAUUCAGCAAGCCUAGCGGGCCAUGCAUCAUCCUCAACAGACCGCUCCUCAUCGGCCAAACAACCGUCCACGCCGAUGAGCACUUCGGUGGUGACUAGGCCACGCAAGGACUCUGAGUUGGUCGCGCAACGCGUGAUUGCCGCUCUGCAGAGUCGACGCGAUGCAGCAGACCCGAUUCCUGCACAGCUUGUGGGCACCUCCAAAAAGGUUCCGUUUGAUACGGCCACGCUCCGGCACAUUGUCCCGUACGUCAACGGUCUGAAGCGCAAAGUCAAGGACGCUUUGCGCGAGACGGAAGGUCUAUACUCUAGUCCACGCCGGAAACCAUCUCUUUUGCCUUCCGCUACCAAUGCUCGCGAGGAGAAGGCUGGGACACCCUCGUACCGCAGCAUGUUUAAUGAGCCGGAGAAUGACAUUACCAUCACGACGCCACGACAGACUCGACGAGAGCAAGUAGUAACGGAUAAUGACGGGUUUGAUUCGUAUCGAUUCGAGCAGAGCCAAUCUGCGAAUCGAACACCGAAGAGAAGCUGA